GCCUAUAUUAUCAUGUUCAUUCUCAAUUGGUUCUGGGACGUUCUCGCUUCCCUUGGUCUUUUGAAUAAGCACGCCAAACUUCUCUUCCUUGGUCUCGACAAUGCAGGAAAGACCACCCUUUUACAUAUGUUGAAGAAUGACCGAUUGGCUACUCUUCAGCCUACGCUACACCCUACAUCCGAGGAACUCGCCAUCGGAAACUGCAAGUUCACCACCUUUGACUUGGGUGGCCACCAGCAAGCCCGCCGUCUCUGGAAAGACUAUUUCCCCGAAGUCAACGGCAUUGUCUUCCUCGUCGACACCGCAGACACCGAGCGUCUCGCCGAAUCGAAGGCAGAACUCGACGCUCUUCUCUCCAUUGAGGAGUUGUCCAAGGUUCCUUUCCUAAUUUUGGGUAACAAGAUUGAUGCGCCUGGUGCUAUCUCUGAGGAGGAGUUGCGGGCUCAGUUGGGUAUGUGGCAGACGACGGGGAAGGCUAAGGUGCAGGUUCCGGAGAACAUGAGGCCCAUUGAGAUUUUCAUGUGUUCGGUUGUGAUGAGGCAGGGUUACGGUGAAGGAUUCAGGUGGUUGUCGCAGUUCGUGUAAGGAAUGGACGUGGAGGCGUCGGAGUCUGUUGGGGUUGGUAUGGAGCGAUGUUAUUGCGCAGUGGGGAAGACCUGAAGGAG